GAGAAAAAAGAAAUUGAAGACAAAAAGGAGGACGUUUAUUCUCGUUACUACAUACCGAAGAAGUAUUCAAAACAUUCCGCCGAGUAUGGUACGCCAAAACCAGGAACUCUAACAGAAAUGAGGGCGAAGAAAGCAUCAAAACAUAUCGCAAGAGAAAUGCUUUACUUAUGUGAAGUCAUUCGGGAAAACGGCUAUGUUACAAGGAAAGGUCGAAGUGAGAUUACAUUCGGAAAAUUGUUUGCUGUCUAUCAGUAUAUCUCGGAUAAGGUUGUAGGUAUGCUGCUCCGCGCUCGCAAACAUCAUAUGGUGGCAUUCGAGGGUGAAAUGUUGUUUCAGCGACGGGAUGAAAAUGUGAUUAUAACAUUACUGCUAUCAGAUGAAGAAAUUAGAUGUGCUAUCGAUGCAAAUAAAAUUUGA